CCAUUUGCGUCCCUGGAUCGGAGUGCACCCACGUCUCCGGUCGAGAAUUAUAAGUAUCUAUGGAUGCCCCAUAAUGCAGGUCAGAUCAAGAGGUCACUCGAACGCAAGUUCAGCCUCGUCCUUCACAACACUUGCUCAAUCCUCCGAGCGAAUCAUAAUCAGCUGCUAGCACCCAGCCUUCAUAUACCCGACUUGGCUCUCUCUAUCUACCAAUUGGCGACUGCAUCGCACAUCAGCCACCUGUCCAUCGAAAAGCUUUACGAAGCUCAACCGCGAUAACCAUUAGCUCCACGUCAUACUGACUGGGGUUGAGAUUCCUACCCCAAUAAGGGAGUCCACAUCGGCGACGGUGACCUCACUCUGGAUUAUCCAAAACAUCGAGUUUAUCAUAAAUCUUCUAUCACAAUGGCGGCAACAACAGCAAAGAAGUCGAAGAUCGCCCACUAUGCGCAAAGGUUCGCGGUGGAGAGCGAGGAAGGUCUCACUACUGCACAGCUUAUGCUGUACAACCACGAUCUCGCACCCGUCGAGCCUGAGCGCCGCCAGUGGGGCGCAUGGAAUUUCGUCGGCUUCUGGGUUGCCGAUUCCUUCAACAUCAACACAUGGAUGAUCUCCGGUUCUAACAUCGCUGACGGUCUCUCCUGGUGGCAAUCCUGGAUCUGCGUUUGGCUCGGCUAUUCGAUUGCUGCGUGCUUUGUCUGCCUGACGGGUCGAAUUGGUGCUACCUACCACAUCUCGUUUCCCGUUGUCAACCGUUCGUCGUUCGGUAUUUGGGGAGCACUUUGGCCAGUGUUCAACCGUGCAGCUAUGGCUUGCAUCUGGUACGGUGUACAAGGCUGGAUUGGAGGCACCUGUGUCUACCUCAUGAUUCGAUCUAUCUGGAACAACUGGAGAGAUGAGGAUGCGACUGGCGGUGUCCCGAACGGCAUCGAAGGCUCUGGUACCUCCACUGUCCACUUUGUUUCGUUCUUCUUCUUCUGGCUCGGAUCUCUCCCGUUUCUCUGGCCCGCUGUCCACAAAAUUCGCCACCUGUUCACCGUCAAGGCCUACGUCGUCCCUACCGCAGGCGUUGCCUUCUUCAUCUGGGCCAUCGUUCGCGCCAAGGGUAUUGGUCCUAUUGUGCACCAACCCGGCACGGUAUCUGGCUCUGCACUUGGCUGGCUUAUGGUCCGUGGUAUCAUGUCUGCCAUUGCUAACUUCGCUACCUUGAUCGUGAACGACCCUGACUUUGCCCGUUUCGCACGCAAGCCCUCCGAUGCCUUCCUUCCUCAGCUGAUCACUAUUCCCGUCGGAUUUGCCAUCACAUCCUUCAUCGGUAUUAUCGUUUCGUCCUCGUCUACCGUCAUUUUCGGUGGCGAUCCUAUCUGGAACCCUCUCAACCUCCUCGAAGCCUUCCUCGAGGAAGGUGGCAGCGCUCAACGCUUCGGUGUGUUCGUGAUCGCCGCAGCAUUCUCGCUCGCGCAACUCGGUACCAACAUCGCUGCAAACUCCAUCUCGGCCGGCACAGAUAUGACUGCGCUGCUCCCACGUUGGAUCUCUAUUCGUCGCGGUUCCUACGUCUGCGCCUUGGUCGGCCUUGUCAUGUGUCCAUGGAACUUGCUCAGUGACACCAACAGCUUCACCACCUACCUCAGCGCGUACUCUGUGUUCUUGUCUUCCAUCGCAGGCGUCAUGAUCUGCGACUACUACAUCGUCCGUAAGGGAUACCUGCAAAUCAAGGACCUGUACUCAGGCAAGAAGACCGGACCAUAUUACUACACAUUCGGUUUCCACUGGCGCGGUUAUGCCGCCUACAUCGCUGGUAUCAUGAUCAAUGUCGUAGGAUUUGCUGGCGCAAUUGGUCGCGACGUCCCCCUUGGAGCGCGUCGCAUCUACGAUCUCAACUUCUUCGCCGGAUUCUUGGUCGCUAGCGUUGUGUACUGGAGUCUGUGCAAGAUCAGCCCGAUCCCCGCAACCAGCGAUGUAUGGUGUGAGGUCGGCGAGGAAAUCAUGGAUAUCUCUGUUGCAUACUCGGACAGUGAGCACGACAAGUACGAUGAGGAAGCGCUGAAUGGCGGCAAGGGUGCAUCUGCGAAGAUUGGAGAGGCGGAGGCGUCUUCUCACUCGAAGAUCUAAGCUUGCGUCUAGAGCAUGUUAUUAGAUACCUGUCUUUGUUCACGGCAUACCCGACAACGGGUAUCACGAUGUUGUCGUGAACAAUGUGUGAUUUUUGUUAGAUCAUGAGAUACCAAUCGCUAUUUUACUUAUUCACGUUUGCAACAACAUGCCUUGGACAACGUUUUGUGCAAUCUCACGUGUCGUCU